AUGGCCCCCAAAUCUAAGUUCGAGCUGAAGACCCCCAAGGGCACUAAGGAUUGGUUCGGCAAGGACAUGCUCAUCCGCGAGAAGAUCUUUUCGCAACUGAAGGGUGUCUUCCAGAAACAUGGCGGCAUGGAACUCGACACCCCCGUUUUCGAGCUGAAGGAGAUUCUCUCUGGCAAGUAUGGUGAAGACUCCAAGCUCAUCUACGACCUUGCCGACCAGGGUGGUGAGCUCACCUCCCUGAGAUACGACUUGACCGUCCCUUUCGCCAGAUGGCUCGCCAUGAACAAGGAUAUCCAGAGUGUCAAGCGUUACCACAUCUCAAAGGUCUACCGCCGCGACCAGCCUGCCAUGAACAAGGGCCGCAUGCGCGAGUUCUACCAGUGCGAUUUUGACAUUGCUGGCACCUACGACUCCAUGCUCCCCGAUGCCGAAAUCAUCCGAAUUAUAGUUGAGGUUUUUGAGGGCCUUGGCUGGAACGGAAACUAUACUAUCAAGCUUAACCACCGCAAGAUUCUCGACGGUAUCUUUGAGGUCUGUGGUGUGCCCGAAGACAAGAUCCGGACAAUAUCUUCCGCCGUGGACAAGCUCGACAAGCUCCCUUGGGUCGACGCGCGCAAGGAGAUGACGGAGGAGAAGGGUCUGGAUGGGGAGGUUGCCGACAAGAUCGGCGAGUGGGUAGUCCAGAAGGGCAAGCAGGAUCUGCUCCGGAAGCUGCAGCGGGACGACAAGCUCUCGGCCAACGCCUCAAUGAAGGCCGGCAUGGCCGAUCUCGAGCUUCUGUUCAACUACCUUGAGGCAUUUGGUGCUCUCGACAGGGUGUCGUUUGAUCUCUCCUUGGCCCGCGGUUUGGACUACUACACUGGCGUCAUCUACGAGGUCGUUACGGAAGGAUCAGCACCUGCUGCUGCCCCUAACGCAGAUGACAAGACAGUCAAGUCUAAGAAGAAGAGCAAGAGCAAGGACAAGGAUGACGAGGACCGCUCCGACGAUCCCAGUGUUGGCGUUGGCAGUGUCGCUGCCGGUGGACGCUAUGACAACCUUGUCGGCAUGUUCUCCGGCAAGACCCAAAUUCCGUGCGUCGGCGUUUCUUUUGGCAUCGAAAGAAUUUUCAGCAUCACCAAGGCGAGGAUGCAGGCCGAAAGUGAAGCUCCCCAAAGCACGGUUGACGUCUUUGUCAUGUCCUUGGGAUCCAAGGCCGGCCUGGUCAAGGAGAGACUCGAGGUCUGCUCGAAGCUGUGGGAUGCAGGCAUCAAGGCCGAGUUCCUGUACAAAGUCAAGCCCAAGCUGCCGCCGCAGUUCAAGGCUGCGGAGUCGAACGCGACGCCGUUCGCCAUCAUUCUCGGCGACGAUGAGGUACAGAAGGGCGUCGUUAGAAUCAAGGAGUUGGGUCUUCCCGAGGGCCACCCUCAGAAGGACGGUGAGCUCGUCGACAUGGCGUCGCUCGUUCCCGAAGUGCAGAAGCGCCUGUCACGGAAGCGCGAGCUCGACGGCCUCGCCAGACAGGCCGAGGGCCUAAGGGUCGUAGGAGGCAUGCGGGGCGAGGACAUCAAGCCGGCGUCUGCAUCGGACAAGGUAACCACGGAGGAACCAGCUGCCGCCGUGCUGGAGGGAGAGAAGCCCGCGGAGACGACGGAGGAGAGCAAGCCCCCGCCGAGCGCAUAG